AUGGAGGCUUUGCAUGGCUACCCUCAGAUACUCCACCAAGGGAGCCUUUGCAGCCAACUUGAUAUGACGAAGUCAGAAGGAUAUUCCGUUGGAGCAGAGAAGCUGAGCUCAGAGGAUGAGGAAGGUGAGGAGGGUGAGGAGCUCAGAGGCAACAAGAUUUUACACGCUGGCUCCAUGAUUGGCCGGUCUGUCCUGCACCUCGGCUGCCACAUCGGCUUGGCCUGCACCAGCUGCGCCUUGCACCGCUUUCUCAGCGUCGCUGCUGCAGCGUCAGGCGGAAAACGGCUCUUCGGUGAGCGGCAAAAGUCGGUGGAUCUGCCACUGAGUUCGGCUCGGAUUGGGAUAAGGAAGGCCAGGAGCUUAGACCGAGUCCACGGUGGCACCGAGCUUCGCCGCAUCAGCCGGUUCCAGGUUCAGCAACAGUUCAUGCAGCGAGCUCAUGGUCUUUCAGCCCUGGCCCGAGCGGCUCAGCAGGGCGAUGCGACGGAGGUGCAACGCCUCAUCGAAGCUGGAGCAGAUGUCGAACUCCAGGACCAGACGCGCUAUCGCCGAAGACCUCUCCACUAUGCAGCCGAAAAUGGCCACGUGGAGGUCCUCGAGCGGCUCUUGGCCGCGAGGGCCACGGUGGAAGCAGAGGAUAGGGACGGCUACAGACCUCUCCACCUUGCGGCCUCAAAGGGCCGCGUGGAGGUCCUCGAGCGGCUCUUGGCCGCGAGGGCCACGGUGGAAGCAGAGGAUAGGGACGGCCAAAGACCUCUCCACCUUGCGGCCUCAAAGGGCCACGUGGAGGUCCUCGAGCGGCUCUUGGCCGCGAAAGCCACGGUGGAUGCAGAGGAUAAGUACGGCCACAGACCUCUCCACUUUGCGGCCCACUGGGGCCAGGUGGAGGUCCUCGAGCGGCUCUUGGCCGCGAGGGCCACGGUGGAAGCAGAGAAUAAGAACGGCCGGGGAGCCCCGGAGCUCGGGACGCGGCCCGAAGGCUGCGGAGACU